AUGCCUAGCGAUGAGGUAGAGCAAUCACAGUCCGGCAUGGAGGAGAUGGGCGUCGGCGGUCCUGGCGCACCUACACCGCUGUCAGCUCUGGAGGGUGUCGCAGGGCUGACGAAGAGAGAUAUCCAAUUGAUUGUGGAGGGAGGGUACAACACGGUAGAGUCAGUAGCAUACACCCCGCGGCGCAUACUUGAGCAGAUCAAGGGCAUCUCUGAGCAGAAGGCAACAAAGAUCCUGACUGAAGCCUCCAAACUUGUUCCUAUGGGAUUUACAACUGCUACCGAGAUGCAUCAACGGAGGAGCGAGUUGAUCUCAAUCACCACUGGCUCUAAGCAACUCGAUACGCUACUAGCCGGAGGCAUCGAAACUGGAUCAGUUACCGAGAUAUUUGGGGAGUUCCGAACCGGAAAGAGUCAAAUCUGCCAUACGCUAGCUGUCACUUGCCAACUUCCUUUUGAUAUGGGAGGCGGCGAGGGUAAGUGUCUCUACAUCGAUACCGAGGGAACAUUCCGACCUGUCCGUCUUCUUGCUGUCGCCAACCGCUAUGGGCUUUCCGGAGAAGAGGUACUCGACAAUGUUGCUUACGCCCGCGCCUACAAUUCUGAUCAUCAACUUCAGCUGCUGAACCAAGCCUCCGCCAUGAUGUGUGAGACUCGAUUCUCCCUCCUCAUCGUCGACAGUGCUACUUCCCUCUACCGAACAGACUUCGUUGGUCGUGGAGAGCUGUCUUCCAGACAAACCCAUCUAGCAAAAUUUAUGAGGACCCUCCAACGCUUAGCAGAUGAGUUCGGAAUUGCCGUUGUCAUAACCAACCAAGUCGUCGCUCAGGUUGAUGGUGGCCCGAGUGCGAUGUUCAAUCCCGACCCUAAGAAGCCCAUCGGAGGUAAUAUUAUUGCUCAUGCCAGUACUACCAGAUUGAGUCUCAAGAAGGGACGUGGGGAGACCAGAAUCUGCAAGAUCUACGACAGCCCCUGCUUGCCCGAGAGUGAUUGCCUGUUCGCGAUCAACGAGGAUGGUAUUGGUGAUCCAAGCCCGAAGGACCUCGAGAAGGAUUGA